AUAUUUUAUAUUAUUUAUUUAAAGCUCAUUUAUUGAACAAUUCUUUGGUGGAACCUUUGAAGUUAAAAUGAGCACGGAAGAAGUUCCCCAUGAAACUGCUACUGUAACAACUGAAAAUUUUUUGCAAUUAAGUUGCUUCAUUUCAAUGCAAGUGAAGUACAUGCAAAGCGGCCUUAAAUCGAAAAUGAUGGAACCAUUGGUCAAGAAAUCUGAAACUUUGGGACGAGACGCACACUACAUUAGAACUUACUUAGUUAGCCGACUUCCAGCUUAUCUUACUGUCCAAUUCGUACGAUUCCAAUAUAAGGGAAAGGAAGGAAUAAAUGCCAAAGUAUUAAAGGAUAUAAAAUUUCCCAUCGACUUUGACGCGUUUGAGCUGUGUACACCCGAAUUGCAAAAAAAAUUAUGUCCAAUGCGUUCGAAAUUUAAGGAGCUGGAAGACAAAAGUAUGGACCUGAAAAUAGCCAAACCAUAUGGGGUCAAGGAUGAGGACUUAGAAACAAAAUAUGAGCAAUUUUGGUUUGACGAUGAUUUGGGAAGUAAUAAUUCUGGAUACUAUACAUUACAAGCCGUAUUGACACAUAAAGGUCGAUCAAGUUCAUCUGGACACUAUGUUGCUUGGGUUCGCUCCAACGACGAUAUUUGGUUUAAAUUUGAUGAUGACGAAGUAACAUCCGUGCCCACGGAUGAAAUUUUACGACUUUCAGGUGGUGGCGAUUGGCUUUGUGGGUCUCGAUCCCACCUUAACCGACGGUUACCUAGGUCAAUCGGCUCGAAGCAUGUGCCCAAUGUCCCAGUUCGAAAAGAUAUAACAAACCUGUCAAAACUUAAAAAAACAGCUCAAGAAGAAGGCUUGCACGAAGACAAGAUAGAAGAAAAGAAUACUAGCAAGGAGCAGCACAAACAGCAACAGUCCGCUCACAAGAAUAAUGGGAAUUAUUACCCAAACUUCAGUAGCAAUACAAACCAUACACAACAAAAUCAGAAUCCAUCUGGUUCAGGAUAUCACGCUUCAUCAAAAUCUCGUCCAGUGCUGAUGCCGCGCCGAUCUGUCAAUGCAGUUCAAUGUCAGGUGGAGUGUGAAACAGAAACCGAGAUAUCGGAAGACGAAGAAAUGGGAAUAGCCGCCAUUAAUUUAGUGUGCUGGAAUUGUGAAGCUACUGGUCACCGCUACCAGGAUUGCGAUAGCCCGGUUCGUCGCGUAUUUUGCUACGGCUGUGGAAAGGCGGAUACAUACAAGCCGUCCUGUAAAAAAUGUAAUAGUUCAAAAAACUGGGUAGCCCGUGUACAGCCGAAAAGUGCACGCAAACAGAUGAGCUCGAAAGCAACCAAUACCGACUAG